AUGGCUACGAGGAGACAAACCACUUUCCGCCCAAGGGCCCCUACAAUAAACACAAAAUCCCAAUCUUCCAUGUCAAAACCUAAGUCUGCCCUGUCUACAAUCAUGUCACCCACAGACGAGCGCCUAGAGCACACACUUGCGAUCUCAUCAUCCUUGAAGGGCUCUAAGUUCCAUGGCCAGGAUGACUCGGAGACUCACAUCCACGUUGCAAUUCGCUGCCGUAGACGUUCUGAUCGCGAAAUCCAGGAGAACUCCCCGAUUAUCGUCAGUUCCAACGGGGCAAAGAGUCAGGAAGUCACCAUCGAGACCUCUACGCCUGUCUCUAGCCUAGGCGUUAUUACUCUGGCCCCUACAAGAACAUAUCCAUUCGAUCUCGUCUUUGGCCCAGAAGCAGAUCAAGCUACGAUUUACCAUGAGGUUGUUAGCCCCAUGUUAGACGAAGUCCUCACGGGCUACAACUGUACUCUAUUUGCAUAUGGACAAACAGGAACUGGAAAAACUUACACUAUGCAAGGUGACCUGACGCCCACGCCGAUGGGAAAUCCAUCUUCCCAAGCAGGCAUGAUACCGAGGGUCCUUUUCCGGUUGUUCCACCAACUUGAGACAUCUGCUAUUGACUACAGUGUCAAGAUAUCCUUCGUCGAGCUUUACAACGAGGAGCUUCGAGACUUGCUCGCCAGCGAAAUGUCCGCUCCUGCAGGAUCCACGCAGCCUAUGGGAAAAGGUGGCCCCGCCGACAAUCAAGCUGGCCUCAAAAUAUUUGAUGACGCUAGCAAGAAAGGUGUUUUUAUUCAGGGUCUCGAAGAGAUACCUGUCAAAGACGCUGCAGAUGCACUUGCCCUCCUCACAAAAGGUAGCCAUCGUCGCCAGAUUGCAGCUACCAAAUUCAACGACCACUCCAGUCGUUCGCACUCCGUAUUCGCAAUCACUAUUCAUACUAAGGAGACGUCCUCCAUGGGAGAUGACCUCCUAAAGGUUGGGAAGUUUAACCUCGUCGAUCUUGCAGGCUCAGAGAACAUCGGACGCUCUGGAGCAGAGAACAAGAGGGCCCGAGAAGCAGGCAUGAUCAACCAAAGCUUGCUGACUUUGGGCCGUGUUAUAAACGCCCUCGUUGAGCGUUCGACACAUGUCCCUUAUCGGGAGUCCAAACUCACCCGUCUCUUACAAGACUCACUUGGUGGCCGUACAAAGACGUAUAUAAUCGCCACAAUCUCUCCUGCUCGUUCCAACAUGGAAGAGACCCUCUCUACGCUCGAUUAUGCCAUCCGCGCGAAGUCCAUCCGCAACAAGCCGGAGAUCAACCAGCGGAUGACAAGAAACUCUUUGCUCAAAGAAUACGUGGCCGAGAUCGAACGUCUCAAGGCUGACGUCCUGGCCGCACGCGAGAAGAAUGGCAUCUUCUUUUCCGAAGAGACGUGGAAUCAGCUCACUGUGGAACAGGAGCUCAGGCAGACGGAGAUGGAGGAGGCUAAGAAGCAAGUGGAGAUUGGAGAGAGCCAGUUGAGGAGCGUCAGGGAAGAAUUUGAGCAAAGCAUCGCUCUGUUGAUGAAGACAGAUGGGGAGUUGAAACAGGUGAAGGAACAACUAAAAGAAGCUGAAGGAGAACUAGAAGUCAGGGAGGGUCAACUGAAGAUAGCGAAAGGUGCUCUUGAGGAAGAGAUUGUCGUGCGCCAGGCGUACCAGAUCAAUGAAGAAAAGCUGGAUGGGGUAGCCUUGGGAUUGAAACAGGUUGCCGCGGAAAGCAUCGACGACAUUGGCGCACUUUUUGAGAAACUUCAACGGAGGAACAAAACGUUCACGUCAAACAUCAAAGCUGUAUCCUGUCAUGGACGGUCCAUCUCUUCCGAAGUGCAGUCGCUCUUGACGAAACUGGAGGACUUCAUGAAGACCGCAGGGCACAGCACGCAGAUGCUACGCACAGAAGCAAAACAGUUCCAGACGAAGGAAUUCGAGAUUCUUACAAGUCACUCCGAGCGUAUUGACCAGCAACUCCAGCGCAUUCAAGACUCACUUCGAAUCAUCAACACGAAGGAUGAUGCCUCUACUGAGGCUCUUACAGCUAUGCAGAAUGCUGUCAAGGAAUCGCAAGAGACCAUGAAGAGUUCAUUUAGUUCCUGGUCCGAUAGCUUACGAACUACAUCCCAAACGAUGUACAAGGAGUUGUAUGCUGCAAAUCAAAGUAACUUCGCAUCGUUAGAGAAUGUUUUGAAGGCUAUGGGGACACUCCUCGACUCCGCCGUUACUCAAGCGAUCGAAUUGAUCAAGGCCGAUGAAGAAUCAGCCUUACAGGCCAAGUCCCUUGUGGAUGACAUGUCAAAAGCGGAGAACACGGCACUCCAGGAGCAGAAUGCACUUCUCGUUCGAAUGAUAGAAGCAGAGAAGGUGAAAUCUGCGAAGGCCAGCGAGGUACUCGUUCAGCGCAUAUCAGGUCUACUUGGGGAGUUCGUAGCUUCCCGUGAUCGCGAGUUGCGAGAAGCAUGUAGCACUGUUGUCAGCGCCAACGCCAAACACGAAGAGGAAUUCAACGAGUUUGGCCAGCGUCAUGAUAAAUUGAUGAACGAAGUGGCCGUACGUGGCUCGGAAGCCAUGACCUCAUUUGAGCGGAGAGGUACAGAAGGAAAGAGGACGCGGGAUGGCGCUCUCAAGACCGUCGGAUCUUUGCAAGGAGCCCUCAAGGACGGUUUAUUGGCUACGCAUAAUUCAAUCACAGCAGCCACUAUAACCUAUACUGGUGAACUGCAAAGACAAAGCCAGACCCUCCAAACCUCCUUUGGCACAGGUCUCGAUCGUCAUGACCGUGCUAAGAGAGCACGUAUCGAGAGUACCAAUGGCUUGACGACUGAUAUACAAUCCGAGUUACGGCACCUCCAGCGAGGUAUUACUUCCAGCUCAAGAAAUGUUGAAGGCUUCAGUGGUCGUGUGGUUUCAGAGGCUAGUAGAACUGACAUUAUUUAUGAAGUGCUCUUACUGAACAUCAUUGAUCUCUUUCAGAGCUCAAACUUAUCGGACACGAUUGAAAAGCACGGCAAUAAUACGACUUCGAGGCUCACCUCACUGCACCAAACAGCCCGGUCACUGCUUGAUCAAGGUACCCAUGAGGACAUUCCGACUGGCAUGACACCGCGAAAACGAGCAUGGGAAUACGUGGAUGAGUGGGAGCUGACGGAGAGCCGGGAUGCGAUCCUCCAGUCGCGGAGACAAGGGGAGUCAUCAAGGCAUGCUUCCGAACCUCCCCCUUUGCAGCACCCGCAAUCUCCUGUAGAAACCGUUCCAGAGCAAAUGAAAGUCGACACACCAAUCAACGAGUGGUCAGAUGAACCACAAGCUCCAGUCCCACCCUCACCUCCUGCAGUCUCGUUGUCAUCUUUAACUUCUUCCACGGCCACGCUCACUGAAAUACCCAUCGCGCCUCCUGCAAUUUCCAAAGUCUUAAAGAAACCUGCUACUCUGAAAUCCGGACUGCCGACGAUGGGGGCGUUGGUAGAUAGACCGCCAAAUACCCUUCGGAAUCCGUCCAGACGACUCAGAUAGCCACGGGUCAGGCAUUAUAUCAUUAUUCAUUCAUUAUACUUGCCAUGCUCCAAUAAUCCACGCAUUUCUACCAUUGAUAUCAAGCAUUUGCUCAUUAUGCUUCGGUAGUCUUGCAGGAGUCCGUGCAGUUCUACGUCAUCCAUCA